GACAUUGUCAUGCAAACAGAGACCACCGCCUCGCCAUUGUCUCCCGGACACCAACUUUAUUAUAAACACACCGCGAGCCGCCCGCCGCAGCAGAGCACCGGAACACCGCCACCGAGAGACACGCGCUGGAUACCGCGAGAAAACCACGCGUUCCGCUGGAGUUUGACGCCGCAACCGGAGCUUUCGCGUCUCCGUCCGCCCUCCACAUGUACAAAAUGGAUUACUCGUAUCUGAACACGUAUGACUCGUGCAUGGCGGCGAUGGAGGCGUCGGCGUACGCGGACUUUAACUCGUGCAGUCAGGCGAACACGUUCCAGUACAACCCGAUCCGAACCGGCUUCAGCUCCGGCCCGGGAUGCGCUCCGCUCGGUUCCGCCAGCUGCACUCUGGGCGCGCUGAGAGAGCACCAGCCCGCGCCCUACAGCACAGUUCCGUACAAGUUCUUCUCGGACGCGUCGGGUCUGAACGAGAAGCGCAAGCAGCGGCGGAUCCGCACGACCUUCACGAGCUCGCAGCUGAAGGAGCUGGACCGCGUGUUCGCCGAGACGCAUUACCCGGACAUCUACACGCGUGAGGAGCUCGCGCUGAAGAUCGACCUGACCGAGGCACGCGUCCAGGUUUGGUUCCAGAACCGACGCGCCAAAUUCCGUAAGCAAGAACGCGCCACCAACUCCAAAGGAGCUAACGCCGGUGCCAACGGCUCCAGUGCCAAGAAGUCUGGCGAGAACCGCUCUUCCUCCGAGGAUGACGAGUCUAAAGAGUCGACCUGCAGCCCGACGCCUGACAGCACGGCGAACAUGGGCAGCCCCGGGGCCAGCAGCCUCAGCCCCAGCCCGGUCUCGGGCUCCUCGGCCGGCUUCACCAACGCCUCCAUCUCCCCCUCCAUCCACCAGGGCCUCAAGAGCUCGCCGUGGCCCAGCAUGGGCUCCGCCGGGCCGGCCCUCCAGACCCAGGACCUGCUGAAGGCCUGGCAGCCGGCGGACAGUAUGGCGUCUGGGCCGUUCGCGGGCGUUCUGUCCUCGUUCCACCGGAAACCCAACACAAUCAAGACCAACCUGUUCUAGAGACUCCGCUUCGUGCGUCUCCGUCGCUCAUCUACUGCUAGUUCUGUUCUGUCCAUUGAUUUGCGUAGAGCUGGACUCCUGAUGGUUCGUUUAUUGUCAUGUUGGCGCUUGUGAUGUGUGUGUGUUUGUGUUUAUUCAGGUCUUGUUUUCCUCUUUAUGGAGGGUCUGAAUGCUGCAGAGACGCCUUAAUCAACAUCCCUUGAAUCGUCAGUAAACGAGUUCUUAAUUUCCUCUUAAACGAAGGUCC